UAGAAGUCCCAUUUUGCAACCCCAUCAAAGCUUAAUGUUCAUACUUGAGGAAGUGUAAUAAGACAUUAGUAAGUACUCUAGUUAGCAAGUAAAACAUUAGUUGCAUUCUCCUUUGAAGAAUUAUGGAGUUUUUGACUAUGUUAGGUAUAGGGAAAAAAUGUGGAAGGGAUAGAAAAUAAGUUUAAAAAAUUGUGGUAGAUCCUUAUUAUUUAUUCUUCUCAGUGUAUAUUUUCAUGUUCCUUCUGCAUCUACACUGAGAUGCCUACAAUAAAAUCUUAAUAUAAUUGUUUCUAUAUUUUAUAUUACAUAUGUUGGCAUCAUUGUAUGUUAAAAGUGAAUACUGUAUAACUGACUUUGCUGGGAUGGUAUUGUAAUAGUAAAUUAUCUUAGGAAAAUAUGAUAACUUGGAAGCAAAGGGAGACUAUUUUGCAACAAGAUGAGUGAUUUUUAUUGUUAUUAUUACUUGUUUAUUUUAUUAAUUGUUUGUGAACUGCUGUACUUUGCGGUUUUUUUGUUCCAAUCAGUAACUGGAGUUGUUGGUUUGGUACAACCCACUCGAUUUUGGGAAAUUGACAUUGCUUUUAAUUGAAUUUUAAUCUUAUUUGAAUUUUCCUUUUGGGAAAUUAGAAUUAUAACAAAACUAACAAUUUACAGAAUCCAUUAUUUAGGCAUAUUGGUACAUUGUACUUAACAGUUUCCAUGUAAUACAUAUUAUGAAAUUAUGUUAUAUGGGAAGAGAUGCUUACCUGUUAUUGUACACAUAUAGAAAAUUAAGUGUCGGGAUGUCAUGAAUACACUGAAAUGUUAGACAAUUGCAUGAAUUAUUCAAAGUCUUUGUCUUCCAAUAUUUUAGUGUUUUGAAUGUUUGUUAAUUUAAGUUAUUUUGUCUUGUGUAAUAGGUUUAUAAAAUGGUAUUUAAACGGAAGAGGGGGGCUGCUGCAGACAAAAAGGAUGCAGCAGAGAUAAAGAAGAAGGAUCCGAAGGAAGCUUGGCCGAAGUACUAGUGAGUUAUUUGUGGCAGUUAUUUUAGUGGUAAUAUUUUUUGGUUUUGAAAAUAAUAUUUAUAAUUCCAUUCCUUUAUUUAAUUGAUGCAGCCAAGCCAAUUUCUAUGCUUAUGCUGAUGCACACAAAGAGAAACCUAAAGCAGAUGUGAGUGACUUGGACUGUGUUAUGGAUCUUUUAUUUUUUAUCUUUGAUUUAGCGUACUUUUGUUAAUAAUCGAGUCUUAAUAUUGCAGGUGCUUCGUAGUUUUAAGGAGCAAUUCAAGCUUCUUAGCGAUGAAGAGAUUGACAAUUGGGCUGCAUACGAAGUCGAGGCUUCCCCCGCCAAGGUUGGUGGUAGAGGGAAAGGGAAGAAGGUGAAGGAGACAUUAUCUGCUGAGCCAGGGAUUGACAACAACGAAGGUGUGGGGGACGUUCAAGUUUCUGGUCGUUGCUCAUUCGAGCGUUUGGGGAGAAUAGUCCCACUGCUCAACGAGGCUCAAAAAGAAAUGGUGAGAAAUGCCGGUUUCUCAACAUUUUUAAGGGAGGAUGCCCCGUACAUAGACGCUAAGAUAGUUAGUUGGCUGAUCGAUCACGUGGAUCCAACCACUUCUCGGCUGGAGAUAUUUGGAAGAACAAUCCAACUAUCCUCCAAGCUGUUUGAGGAUGUCAUGGGAAUCCGGGAUGGCGGAGAACCCGUGGCAACCGAAAGUGAGCGUGACCUGGUUGAGUUUGACGUCCUCUUCAAGGCCAAGGACUAUAGGUAUUCCCUGACUUUGCUGGAGAAUGAGCUCAGGGAAACCAGCGACAGUGACUACCUGUUUCUCAUUAAGUUUCUCCUUGUCUGUAUUGGAACUGUGUUGCUGCCGAAGAAUGGUACCGAGGUCAGCACUAGCUACAUGCAUUCUUUAGUUGACAUAAGGUCAAUUAAGAAGAAGAAUUGGGCGACUGCCGGAUAUCGAUAUCUAAUGAGCUCUCUACACCGGUACAAGACGAAGAACACCAAAAAUGUCUCCGGUUGCACGAUAUUUUUACAGCUUGUAUAUUUGACGCACGUAGACUGGACUGCUACUCACGUGGACCGAACUGUGGCUCCAAUUGACUUUUGGACCACAAAACACUGCAAGUCAGUGUACAAGUGGAUUCGAGACCAGGGUGGUCACACAAGUGGAAAGGUGAAGUUGACUAACACGUAUGUGUUACUGCCAAGUUUUGAAUCCGUCCGUAGUUGGGCAACCCACAAAUGA